CUCAAGAAGAAGAAGAAGAAGAAAUUAUUUCCGGUAACAAGCAGGAUGGCUUCUGGCAGCGGGUCGAGUAAAAACGACUUCCGGAGAAAAUGGGACAAGGACGAAUACGAGAACCUGGCCCAGAAGCGCCUGGCGGAGGAGCGGGACCGCGAGAGGAGAGAUGGAAAAGUGGCUCCGCCGGUGAAGCGGGACCUCCUGCGUCACCGAGACUACAAGGUGGACCUGGAGUCCAAACUGGGCAAGACCAUUGUCAUCACCAAGACCACUCCUCAGGCGGAGAUGGGCGGGUAUUACUGUAACGUCUGUGACUGCGUGGUGAAAGACUCCAUCAACUUCCUGGAUCACAUCAACGGAAAGAAACACCAGAGGAACCUGGGCAUGUCGAUGCGUGUGGAGCGCUCAUCUCUGGACCAGGUGAAGAAGAGGUUUGAGGUGAACAAGAAGAAAAUGGAGGAGAAGCAGAAGGAGUACGAUUUUGAGGAGCGCAUGAAGGAGCUUCGGGAGGAGGAGGAGAAGGCCAAAGCCUACAAGAAGGAGAAGCAGAAGGAGCGUAAGCGGCGGGCAGAGGAUGACGUGGACUUCGAGGAGGACGAUGAGAUGGCAGCGGUGAUGGGUUUCUCCGGUUUCGGCUCGUCUAAGAAGAGCCACUGAGGCUCGGCUGUGACACGGACCUGCUUCCUGCUGAGCUGCAGAACCGGACCCAAGGAGUCCUGAUGCUGUGGUCCGGUCUCCACCAUCCUGGAGGAACGUUUGUUUCCGGCCGGGCUUUUAUUUUGGUAGUUUUAUCCAUCACUUCCUUCAGCCACAGGAUGUUCAGAGACAGGAAGUGGUUCUGACCAGGCGGAGAACCUGAGCUGGGGCAGAACCUGCAGUGAGGUCCAUGAUUAGAGAAUCUGACGUGAUGUUCGAGUUCAGUUCAUGAAAACAUUUUUCCAUCACAGAAGCAGCUGUUGAGUCUUUGUAUUUAAGUGUUUCGGCGCACGGCAUCAUGGGACAUUGACAUUUUAAUAAACUUUAU